GAAGGAAUUCCGGAAUCGUAAAGGUAAGCCCUUUUUAUGUAUGCUUGCAUGAAUAUAAAUCAUAGUUGGGUUUAAUGAGGUUGUAAAAGGAGGUGAUGUAAUUGUGGCUGUUCACAAGCGAAAUAAAAUGUUAGUUUAUCUGUUGUAAAACAUGUACGAAAAUAUCAAUUAAAAUUAAGAGAAACUUCAGAGUUAGCGAAGAGCGUGGCGUGUCGUAGUUUACUAUUGAAUUCUCAGUGUAGUACUGAGGCACUUAGGGGCCUGGCGCCUGGGCUGGUAGCUAUCGAACGUCGCGUGGUAGAGAGUCGAUCGGCAUUGGACGGAGCCGCACCUGCUCCGAUUGGCAUCGUCAUGGAGGGGCGCCAUUACCGCUCUAGUAGUACCGCGGAUAAGGCAUAGAGGGCUAUAUACUGAACAUACAUGGGUCAUAAAGGAUUCGAAGAAGUAUUGGAGAAGAGCGUGUAAGAAAUUCGCUGCUAUAGGGUUAAACGACAUUGUCAAAUUGCUUUUAAGUGUGCGGUCGUAAAGCGAGUGCGGUGUUAAAACUAUGGACUAUGACAACCAGUGCGCGGUGCAGUGAACGGAACAUUGCCCACCAGCAUGAGUUCCAAAUUUAUUAUUGAUAGUAUGCUCCCUAAGUAUCAUCAGCAAUUCCAUCAUCAACAAUUAUUUCAAAGUCCUACUACGUCUAGUAUCGAAGCUAGUCUCGCUUCCGUUGUUAAUUAUAGUUCUUCCGGCUCUCCUAGUGGCUCUUCACCGCAACAUUCCAGUAGUAGUGCAUCUUCUACGUCACCCGCUUCAAGAAUGUAUCCCUAUGUGUCCGCAGCAACGGCCGCAGCACAUCACCACCAUCAACAACAGGCGGUUGCAGCGGCCGCCUUCGGGGCCGCCGCCGCCUCGGGUACGAUGGUUCCUGGCGCUUUUACAUCGAGCAGCACGGCUGCACUAGCCGCCGCCGCAGCCGUGGAUGCCGCAAAUGACAAAUCGUGCAGGUACACGGCCGGUUUAACUAGUAAUGUAGCCCCUACAGAUUCAAUGGUUAAUUACACAUUGGGUCAUCAUCAUCAAAACGGGGCCGCGGUGUCGGCUGCAAGUUCCGUAAGUGCAGCGUCGGCAUCGAUGGCCGUUGCCGCCCAAUUUUAUCAUCAAGCAGCGAGCGCCGUUGUGGACCCGCUCAAUUCAUGUUCACAACCUACCGCACCCGGCGGUCAGCCACUUCCAGAUAUACCUCGGUACCCGUGGAUGUCGAUUACGGAUUGGAUGAGCCCAUUUGACCGAGUGGUAUGCGGUGAGUACAAUGGUCCUAACGGAUGUCCGCGACGCAGAGGGCGACAAACGUACACACGGUUCCAGACGUUAGAAUUGGAGAAGGAAUUUCACUUUAAUCACUAUUUAACGCGAAGACGACGUAUUGAAAUAGCGCACGCACUUUGUUUAACGGAACGUCAAAUAAAAAUCUGGUUUCAAAAUAGACGCAUGAAACUAAAAAAAGAAUUAAGGGCGGUAAAAGAAAUCAACGAGCAGGCGAGACGAGAACGAGAGGAACAGGAUAGACUAAAACAGCAGCAGCAGGAGAAACAACAAAAAAUGGAUCAACAGCACCAUUCUUCCACUCAACAUCAGCACCACCACGAUCCUAUGAAAAUGGCCCUCGAUAAAUCCAGUAGUAACGAUCUCUUAAAAGCCGUGUCUAAAAUCCCAACAUAAAAAGGCAUUUCCUCAAUGCUUCAUUAAAUGAAAUCUAAAUACGUAGUAGUUUUAAGGUGCAUAGACGUUAAAUUAAACCCAGUGAACUGUGCGAUAGUAGUGUAAAGUGUAUACUUUUUCUGUGCACAGUCGUGAUUGCGGUGCGCGUAACUUUCUCGAAGAUUUUUUACGGGAACUUUUAUUUUAUAUACAGCGUAGGAGAUAAUGUUUUGUUGACUUUGUGUUGUAUUCUUUGUACAUAUUAUACAUUUGUUCAUGUUAUUACGCACUAUUUAAAUAAGUGAUAUUCUUCUACGGUUAGCCCUGUAAAGUUUUUUUUGUUACUGUUCGGUUAGUAUUGUUGUGAUUGCAUAAUGCAUUUAAGUUUGUAAUAAGUUAUAAGAAGUUCACGCUGCUUGUGACCAGCCAUGUUACAACACUGAUUUAUUUAUUGUUUUUAUAAAAUAUCUACUACUUUUUACUCACAGUGAUAUGUGGCGCAGUCAAAGGUGUGCUAGUGAAAUGCGUGCCAAGUAUUCCUUUUCUAUAGUAUAAUUUAUAAUUAUUUCUUUAAACUACUUUGAAUAUAUCCGUGUCAUAAUAUUAAAACACGAAUCCGUAUCCAUUACAAAGGCAGUCAUGUUCCGAUCUUUCUAGUACAUAAUACGUAAUUUGGUGUCAGGGUAGCAAGCCUAAAAAUUACAUUUAAUACAAUACCUAUACUAUUUACUCCAUUGACAUGAUCGUUCAUUGUAUUCAUUAUUUAUUCCUUCUUCUUCUGUCGUACCGUCGUAUAUCUUCUCGUGUAAAAUAUUAUUCUAUUAGGUCGUUGUCGUACAUGUCCUAUGUAUAAAUAGUUAAAUUGUGUGUUUGCCUAUUCUGCAAUUAGAUACGUAAAUUGUACAAUAUUUCAAAAAUACAAACAACUAGAGUUUUUCAUACAAAUAAUGUAUUUACGUACAGUAUUGAUUUCUUUCGAAAUUUUAUUUUUUGACUUGUAGAAAAUUACUACGUAUACGCUGUGGAAAACAAAGAUGUACAGGUUAAUUUACGUGUUGAUUCAUCUUGUUGACUGUUGAUCGGUUUAUCAAAAACUUCAGUUUCCGUGAAAUAUGUAACAAAAGAUUAUUUAUUUGUUUACAUUCUAAGUAACUGUACAGUAAAACUUGUAAAUAGUCAGAAUUAAAUCUAGAUGAAGUAGUAUUAGAAUUCCAUAUAACCCAGCAAAAACUUGGACUGAUAUUACUAAUGCUUUUUAAAAAUUAGGGCUAAAUAAUAUGCUUUUAUAGCAAGACGUUGUUUUUUUAGAGUAAAGGAAUAAUUUUAUAGUACAAGAAUACAAGAACUUGCCAUACUUUGUAUUUAUUAAAUAAUGCAAUAAGUGCAAUUGCUUACAGCAGCACUUUUCCCUAAAGAUAAGUAAACUCAAAAGUUACGAUUAUUUAAUGCAGCAAUUAAAAAUUGUUCAUUUAUUUCUAAAACUCUUCAUAUUUCAGAUAUGCAAUUAAAUUGUGUAGCUCUCUUUAGCCUGUGAUAGAAAGAAAUUCUUUUGUAACUUUUAUCCGACCUAUGCUUUCUUUGCUGGUCUUUUCACAUGUAUACGCGUUAUAGGAAGAUUCAAUCCUAUUAGUUUGCACUGAUUUUGUUUUACGGUUUUGGUGACCAAUGUUAUGUAUGCCCUUUGGUAUGAAGUUUAAUGUUGAAUUGUAUUCCGUGCAAUAUAAUCUGUAGGUAUUAUUAAUUACAAAAAGUUGUUGGAUAAUUCAUUUUUUUAAAUUUUUUUUAUUAGAUGUGUAAAUCUUGGUGCAAUGAAUCGAUUUCUGCAUUACGCAGAAAUCAACAGAGCCGAGUUGGGUACAAUUUAUUGUAAGUUUGUUAUAAAUCAGUGCGAACUAAUGGGAGUUAAAUUAUGCUUUCAAAAAAUUGUUACAAUUUUUUCUUAAAAGAUUCAUAUCAUCAAAAUUACUUAAAAUUUAGUCGGAUCAUUCAGCAAAUGGAAUCAAAGGAAAGCUGGAAGGCAGCUAACAUUUGUGUAGUGUAACUAAUAAAGUAUUAGGUAGUCUAAGUGUUAGAUAUUUUAUGACCUAGUUGUUCAUCAUACGUGCUCUCGAGACCGAAUUAUGACAUGCGAUGUAUCAUAAAACAGUCGACAGUAUCAUUAUUACAGUUGCUACCUACUGUUGCUUUUGAUGCCAUGUGUCUUAUUACUUGUGUAAUCCUAUUAUAUGUAAUGUACAGAUUGUCUGAACUGAAUAAACAUUACUUUCGAAAAUUA